AUGGCCAUCAUUCAAGGAGUUGGACCACAUGACAUAUCAAACAAUGAAACAGAGGUCUUCCGCAUUAGUGAAUUUGACGGCCACUCGUCCACUGUAAGAUACCAAACCAAAACCCCUGGAUUCAGUUCCAAGUCUGUUAUCCACAAUGGCAACAGAACAAUGGCGAUGCCUCGACUGUCUCAGUGCACAGGAGAAUUUUCCUCUCGCUCUGCAGUAGAAAUGGGCACUCGGCAGAGAAUCAGUCAUGGUGUGCCUGUGCCUGCCGUAGUGGGCCGUCCGUACAUGUACCAUGAUGACGCACAUCUGAGUGGCUCUUACAACCAGAUGCAAACAUCGGAAUCAAGGACACUGAGUCGGACUGAGCAGGAGGCAGCAGCAAUGGCCGGGCUCACGUUGCAACGGCAGCCAUCUCCUGUGGGGAACUGGAUGGCGUCCUAUAGCCACAGCUCUUCACCCAACGUGGUGCAAAGACAGCACACUCUUAGUGGGACCCUGGCACGAGAGGGUUUCAGCACAGGAUGGGGGGAAGCAGAGUUGGCUAAUCAAUAUUCAUUUAAAGGCCCUUCCCACCGAACCAUCAGCCGCAUAAAUAAUCGUCAGGUGCAGCAGCAGCCACAACAGCAAAGGCAGAGCAGCAGCUCGAUGCAGUGGCAGCAGAUGUCCACUGGGGGCACCAAUAUGAUGGGUGCUGGGCAUUACCAGGGUACCAUGAAGAGAGCGGGGUCUGUGCAUAGUAUGAAGAGUGUCGGUCGUGGUGUGGAUGUUUAUGACGGAUUGGCCGAUGGAACCGCAGAUGCUCUUGGCGGAAUCCAUAACCUGGACAUGACUACAGCAGUCAGUUACCUCUCUUCCACUGAUGUUGCUAUGCAGAUGUUGGGAGCAGCCUACAUACAGCAUCAGUGUUACCACAGCAAUGAAGCCAAGACCAUGGUGCGCAGUUUGAAGGGCAUCUCAGCAUUAGUACAGCUGUUUAGCAGUGAGAACCAAGAAGUUCAGCGCUAUGCGACAGGUGCUACACGCAACCUCAUCUACGAGAAUAUGGACAACAAGACAGCACUUAUCGAAGCUGGUGGAAUUAGCAAACUAAUUGGUGCUUUAAGAGAACCCGAUGAUGAACUACGCAAAAAUAUCACAGGGAUUUUGUGGAACCUGUCUUCUAAAGACAGUUUGAAGGAGAGGCUGGCCAGAGAGAGUUUGUCUGAGCUGACGGAGAGAGUGCUGGUGCCUCUGUCUGGAGGAGGAGAUGCUGGUGUCAUUCAACAGAGUGCGUCUGAGGCUGAUAUUUUCUACAACACCACAGGUUGCCUCAGGAACCUGAGCUCAGUGAAUGAAAGAACCAGGCAGCAGAUGCGGGAAACGCGAGGGCUGGUAGACUCUCUGGUUGGAUACAUCAAAAACUCCCUACAGGAGGGAAAAGGAGAGGACAAGGGUGUAGAAAACGGUGUGUGUGUCCUGCGCAACCUGUCGUACCAGCUGUACUCUGAGAUCCCUGCUUCAGUUCAGAUGCGUUUGGAAGGACCCACUCGAGCACAGGACACGCGGCACAACGACCCCAUCAGCUGCUUCACACCACAGAGCAAGAAAGCAAAAGAUAGGAAUCAAGACCUGAGCACCUUCUCUGAAGUGGCACGAGUCCCGAAAGGAACAGAUUGGCUGUGGCACCCUCAGAUAGUCGCUCUGUACAACCGCAUCCUGCAGAACACCGAAACAAACACAGCCACACGUGAAGGAGCGGCGGGAGCCCUGCAGAACAUCACAGCGGGCGACAGCAGGUGGGCCUCUGUGUUGUGUCGUGUGGCGCUGGAGCAGGAGCGGAUGUUGCCGGUGAUUCUCGACCUGUUGCGAAGCCCCACAGAUGCCGAGCUCCGUUCUCUCACGGGUCUGCUGAGGAACCUCUCCCGACACUGCAAAAACAAAGCUGAUAUGGCUACCAAAGUGGUGAAUAUUCUGGUGAACAAACUCCCCAGUGAUGGGCAUCAGAAAGAACCUUCUAGUGAGGUGGUGGUCAACAUCUGUGGGGUUCUCAACAACCUGGUUACAGGAAGCUCUCUAGCUGCGAGAGAUAUCACUUACUUUGAUGGACUACCCAAGCUGGUCAGCAUUAAGACAUCUAAAGCUUCUUAA